AUGCGCGGCCUGUGGUACGGCCCAGCGCUAGGCAACCGCCAGCUCUCCACUUGUGUGGGGCCUUUUAGCACCGGCCAGCGGGCACCGACGCUUGCUGUCGUGUCUUCGCUGUGGACCUGCAGUCGUGCGUAUCAUCAGAUGAGUCGUCCUUUCCUGGAGCCGUCACGCAAAGUUUCUACCGAACCAAAGACAACAACAAAAACCGAGUGCAAACAACAUCAGAAACAUCAACAGCAGCUGCAGCAACAUCAGCCACCGAGGCAGCAGAAGUCUGUGACAAAGGACAAAAAACCCAAAGCAACGGAGAGCUCAAUUGCCACAGAGGGUGGCGCGAGUGACAUCCCUAUCUACAGAGUGGUGACGCACGUCAUACGACACUUGUGGCCGCCUGGAGAGCCGAAGUACCGUGCACUGGUGGUUGCUAGUGUGCUGUGCGUAUUUGUAGCGAAGGUGCUGAAAGUGGGAGUACCGUUUUGGUUCAAGAUGAUCGUUGACGCAUUGUCACCUAGCCACGCUGUUGCCAAUACCAUAACUGUGGUGGGGCCGUGGCAGGUCGGCAUCUUUGGGCUUGUCGCGGCGUAUGGUAUCACUCGCCUGACAAGUUCCCUGACAGAAGAAAUGAAGGCAGCUUUGUUUGCACCUGUCGGAAGCCACGCAUCGACAGAAAUUGCGAUGGAGUUAUUCCGCAAGCUGCACGCACUUGAUCUACAAUACCAUCUUAGCCGCGAGACAGGUGUUAUUAGUAAGGAUCUUGACCGUGGCAGCCGCGCGUUCUGGUCCCUUGCCUAUGCGUUGUUAUUCAUGAUUGUGCCAACAGCAUUCGAGGUGGUGCUGGUGUGCACAGUUCUGCAGAACGCGGCAGGCUUUGCUUUCAUUGCCACAGCAUUGACAGCCGUGUUUUCAUACAUUGGCUGGACGUAUGUUGUAUCCAACUGGCGGGCAGAAUAUCGUGCACGUUUCAACAAGGGCGAUAGCCGAGUUGGUGGACUUACUGUUGAUUCUCUCCUCAAUUACGAAACGGUGAAGUACUUUGGAAAAGAAGACUACGAGGAGGCUCGUCUGCGACGUGAGACGGUGAUGAUGAACCGCGAGCUGAUGCGAUUGGACCAGUCCAUGUCACUGCUGAACUUUGGCCAGCAGGCAAUAUUUGUCUUUGCCGCACUGAUGUCUUUGUAUCUUUCCACCUGUGGUGUGCUGGCGGGUGCCAUGACAGUGGGCGACAUGGUACUUGUGGACGCUCUGCUAAUGCAGCUCUACACACCACUGAGCUUUCUUGGCAUUAUUUACCGUGAGGUGCAAUCAUCGACACAAAAUAUGCAGGCAAUGAUAGCGCUGCUCGAUGUUCAGAGCAAUAUCACAGAGAAACCAGAGGCACGGCCGCUGCAGCUCACAUCUGGCACAAUUGAGUUGCGCAAUGUGUGCUUCAGGUUCAACAACAACAACAACAAGAGCGACAACAAUAAUUUGAAUGGAAAAAAUGUGUUGAACAAUCUUUCGUUAACUAUCCCAGGUGGCAGCAUGGUGGCUUUUGUUGGCCCCUCUGGCAGUGGGAAAAGUACUAUCUUCCGCCUCCUCUACCGCUUCUACGAUCCAACCGCUGGUGUGAUUCUCAUUGACGGUCAGCAACUGCCGGACCUGCAGCUGCGGAGCUUCCGCAAGGCAGUUGGGGUCAUCCCACAGGACACCAUUCUCUUCAAUGAGACGGUGCGGUACAACAUCCGCUACGGUCGCCUGGAUGCCACUGACGCAGAGGUGGAGGAUGCCGCUCGCCUGGCGAAUAUACACGAAAGUAUUAUGAAUAUGAGUGAACAAUACGAUACAUUUGUGGGAGAACGCGGGUUGAAGCUCUCUGGAGGUGAGAAGCAGCGUGUGGCCAUUGCACGCGCGUUACUUGAUGAUCCGCCUAUUCUUCUGGCUGAUGAAGCCACUUCCGCGUUGGACAGCGCGACGGAGAUGCGUGUGAUGCGGCAGCUGCGGGAGGCCGGCGGAAGAAGGCGCACCAUCAUCCUAAUUGCUCACCGCCUCACUACCGUAAAGGACGCUGACAUUAUCUUCGUACUCGACGGCAACGGGGGGCUGGAGGCUCAAGGAACCCACCAAAAGCUUCUGGAGAGUGGCGGCUUGUAUAGUGAGCUCUGGUCACAGCAGCUACAUGACGCAAAGCGUGAGCAGAUUGUAGAAGAGGAUGUGGAGAAGGACGAUGAGGAGGGGGAGGUGAAUGAGAAGGAGAAGAGGGACGUACAGUGCGAAGGAAAAUGA